GGGGGCGGAGUCACCAGAGCGGCCAAGCUGCCCUCCUUCACUCCCUUCCUUCUUCCCUUCGGAGACGCCGCCGAGGGAGAAGAGCCCGGCUGGGCAGGCAGGCAGCCUUUUUAAAUCUGUCCUCUGGACCACAUACACAGCGGUAGCAUCAUGUCCAAGAGGCAUUCGGACACCUCCUUGGGAGAAAAAGCACUCCUUUUAGAGCACCAGCUGAGCUCAGAUUUGCACACCAGCAACGACACUGCCGCCACAUUCUCUCAUGGAAACUAUGGAUCCCUGUCCGCGCUGGACAAUGCUGUGUUUGCAGCCGCACUGCCAACCGGGCCGCAACGGAUCAUCCUCAGCACCGAAAGCCCUGCGGCGCUCAAGGUGGGCACCCAGCAGCUCAUUCCCAAGAGCCUGGCCGAGGGCACGAAAUCCAAAGCCCCCACGCGGCACCAGAGCUUCUCUGCAGCCGUCUUGAGCCAGGAGGCCUCCCGCUAUGACCCGAAGCGCAUGUCGGCCCCCAGCAUUUCCAUCGACGACCUGGAAAUCGAGGACUCCAGUGAAGGGACGCUGAAGCGCAACCUGCGCAAUAUGUCUUACCGGGCCGCGAUGAAGGGCGUGGGGGACGGAGAUGAAACCAAGCCGCCAAAGGCCAUCAGCGGUCUAAAGCCUCUGCCGAAAGAAGCCGUUGCCCAAGGUGCUCGUAGUCCUGGAAGAAAUAAGCGAACCUUUGGCCGGAAACGCAUGCCGCAUCAUAGAGGCUCGUUCAAGGAUGGCUCUUUGUCCUACUACGAACCUGGAAGUCUUGAGUGUGCCCUUAUUGCAUAA